AUGACAGAGGUCGGCUGGUGGAAACUGACCUUCCUCCGGAAAAAGAAGUCCGCUCCCAAGGUACUCUAUGAGAUCCCUGAUGGCCUCGUGCAGACGGAGGGAAGCGCUGAGCCGCCACGGCCUGAUGCAGACAGCCCCAGCAGUGACUUUAACAACCGCCUGGGGAAGAUGGUGGACAAGGGCACGAAGGGCAAACACGUCAAGGUCUCCAACUCGGGUCGUUUCAAGGAAAAGAAGAAGGUGCGUGCCACACUGGCCGAGAACCCCAACCUCUUUGAUGAACGGGAGGACAAAGGCCAAUGACAGGGACAGGCGAGGAUGCUGGCACCUCCCAGCCCCCUGCCAUCAGCGGGUCUGAGGCAGGAGCUUGCCACGCUGGCCUCUGGGGU